AUGUCCUUCCUUAGCAGCCAUAUGCAUGAUGCUCCUGCUGUCUUUGCUCUGAGUCUCCUGAAUCAACAGAUAUUCAAUACCCUCAAGUCCCCAGUCCUCUCGUUCUUCUUUUUCUUCUCUUCAUCAACCAUCAACACAAUGCCGUCCACUCAAGAUCGCAUCAUCGCCGCCCGCAUCGCCCUCAACCGAGCCAUCCGAGCCCAACGCCUAGACUACAUCAACUGCCGAGAGGGCGCCAGAGGUCGAGUCUCUUUGCAAGAGUGGCAGCGGGCCCUUGCCAUCUGGCAGGACGCCCAGUCCUGGAUUGUGUUGCUCCGCCGUUGGAUCCGCCUUCUGCAGUCCCGACUUUGA